CCACGCUAAGUUCCAUCCGCAGAUCCGCAACCAUUGUGCGAAAAGUGUUUUGUGAUUUCAUUUGAUGUUGAAAAGUUGAGAGGAAACAGCCGCAAGUGAUAUUAUUUAAAGCGAUUAAGACCCCGAAUUAAAGCAUACUCGAAAUGGAAGUCACCGAGGCGAAUUUACAGCUUCUGGCCGGUUAUUUGCAGCAGACGCUGAGCGCCGAUCCAAAUGUCCGCCGACCGGCCGAAAAACUUUUGGAGUCCACGGAACUACAGCAGAAUUACCCAAUAUUACUCCUAAACCUCAUAGACAAAGCGCAAAUGGACAUGACAACGAGGGUGGCAGGCGCCAUCGCCUUUAAGAACUAUGUGAAAAGGAACUGGGCCGCUCACCUGGACAGCGAUGGACCGGAUCGCAUCCACGAAAGUGAUAGGAACACAAUCAAGACCCUAAUCGUAACGCUAAUGCUCCACUCCCCGGUGGCAUUGCAAAAACAAUUGAGCGACGCUGUCAGUAUCAUUGGCAAGCAUGAUUUCCCGAAAAAAUGGCCGCAGCUCAUAGACGAGAUGGUGGAGAGGUUUGCUUCCGGCGAUUUCAAUGUGAUCAAUGGCGUUUUGCAAACCGCACAUUCGCUGUUCAAGCGCUAUCGCUAUGAGUUCAAGUCACAGGAUCUUUGGGAAGAGAUCAAAUUCGUGCUGGAUCGCAUGGCUAAGCCCCUUACAGACCUGCUUCAGGCCACUAUGCAACUGACCAAGGUGCACGAGAAUAAUGCCGAAGCUCUGAAGGUCAUCUACGGGUCCCUGGUGCUGGUGAACAAGGUGUUCUUUUCGCUGAACUCCCAGGAUUUGCCCGAGUUCUUCGAGGACAACAUGAACACCUGGAUGGGAGCGUUUAUUCAGCAGCUUGCCGCUGAUGUGCCAUCGCUUCGCACUGGCGACGAUGAGGAUGCGGGUGUGCUGGAGCAUCUGCGUGCGCAGGUCUGCGAGAAUAUUUGCCUAUACGCCAAAAAGUAUGACGAGGAAUUCAAGCCCUUCAUGGAGCAAUUUGUGACCGCAGUCUGGGAGUUGCUGGUCAAAACCAGUCUGCAAACUAAAUACGAUGCGUUGGUUUCCCAUGCGCUACAAUUUUUGUCCGUGGUGGCUGAGCGUAAGCACUAUCAUAGCAUUUUCGAAAACCCAGAGAUUUUGGCCCAGAUCUGCGAUAAAGUUGUCAUUCCCAAUCUGGACAUUCGGCCAUCAGAUGAAGAAAUCUUCGAGGACAGUCCCGAAGAGUAUAUUCGCAGGGACAUUGAAGGCUCUGACAUUGAUACCCGGCGAAGAGCGGCCUGUGAUCUGGUGAAAACUCUAUCCAUCAACUUUGAGCAAAAGAUCUUCGGCAUCUUUGGUCAAUAUCUGGAGAUAUUGUUGACCAAGUACAAGGAGAAUCCAGUCGCCAAUUGGCGUUCCAAGGACACGGCUAUUUAUCUAGUUACAUCGUGGGCAUCUCGAGGUGGAACUCAGAAGCAUGGCAUCACACAGACUUCUGAGUUGGUCCCACUGCCAGAAUUUUGUGCCCAGCAGAUUAUACCCGAACUGGAGAGACCCAAUAUCAACGAAAUACCCGUACUCAAGGCAGCUGCCAUUAAGUACGUAAUGGUGUUCCGCAGCAUUUUGGGUCCGCAGGUCUUGGCCAAUUGUCUUCCGCAGCUCAUUAGACAUCUUACCGCCGAAAGUCAAGUGGUUCAUAGCUAUGCUGCUUGUUCCGUGGAGAAGAUCCUAACCAUGCGCGAUGCCAGCAAUGCGAUUGUGUUUGGUCCUCAAGUGCUGGCACCCCACGCCACACAACUCAUCAGCGGAUUGUUUGGCACUCUCUCGCUGCAAGGAUCCGGGGAGAAUGAGUACGUUAUGAAAGCCAUCAUGCGCAGUUUCUCGGUUUUGCAAGCGGCUUCUAUGCCAUUUAUGGGAGUUGCUCUUCCCCGUCUCACCGAAAUUCUUACCCAGGUGGCCAAGAAUCCUUCACGCCCACACUUUAACCACUAUUUGUUUGAGACGCUGGCUCUCUCUAUAAAAAUUGUUUGCCAGGCUGAUGCGUCUGCCGUGAGCUCUUUUGAGGAAGCGCUGUUCCCCGUUUUCCAAGGCAUCUUACAGCAGGAUAUUGUCGAAUUUAUGCCAUACGUUUUUCAGAUGCUUUCUGUGCUUCUGGAAGUGCGCGAGGCCUCUGGUUCCAUACCGGAACCUUAUUGGGCCUUGUUCCCAUGUUUGUUGUCUCCAGCUCUUUGGGACCGAACGGGCAACGUAACACCCUUGAUUCGGCUUAUUUCAGCUUUCAUUAAGCAAGGCUCACCACAGAUUCAAGCCUUGGGCAAAUUGAGUGGAAUUCUCGGAAUCUUCCAGAAAAUGAUUGCCUCCAAAGCUAACGACCACGAAGGCUUUUAUUUGCUCCAGAAUCUCCUUUCCUACUAUCCAGCCGCAGAAAUACAACCCACUCUUCGCCAGAUCUUUGGACUGCUCUUCCAGCGACUGUCCCUCUCCAAGACGGCCAAGUAUAUCAACGGCAUUAUCGUCUUCUUCAGCUUCUAUGUGAUCAAGUACAGUGGCAGCGAGCUAGUUCAGUUGAUAGAUGAAAUUCAGCCGGGUAUGUUUGGUAUGUUGCUCGAUCGCGUCUUUAUCCCCGAUAUGGGAAAAGUUAUCAAGGAGCAGGAACGCAAAAUGGUAGCUGUGGGUGUCACGAAGCUCCUCACUGAGACGCCAGAAGUGCUGCAGCAACAGUACGGAGCUUUCUGGCCACGCUUGCUUCAUUCUCUUAUCGAUCUUUUUGAGCGACCACCUGAGAAACUCGAAUUAGGAGGAGAGUCUUUAGGAGUUGCCGAGGAUCCCGAUGCGGGCUAUCAAGUGGCCUUUGCCCAACUAACCCAUGCCCAGCCUACCCAGCAUGAUCACUUGGCCGAAAUCGUUGAUGCACGCCAAUUCCUGGCCAACUCGCUUUCUAAGUUUGCGCAAUCGAAGGCAGGAGAGUUCUCAACUUUGCUGUCGCCCCUGGAGCCGGAAUACAAACAAGUGCUGCAAAAAUAUAGUGAUCAGCAUGCCGUACGCAUUGCCUAAAGAAAUAGAAUCACUCGGACAUUAUUUAUCGCAAUCAAACCUCGCCAUACAUUCGCAACACCUAUCUAUAUACACACACUUGAUCACUCAUUGCCCGGUUUAUUGUCAUUGAUUUUUUGUAUCUUAUGUACCAUAUGUAAGUCUUGUAAACAAUAAAAAGUUAUGUUUUUAAAAUA